AUGUCGUCGCAAAAGGGCAUAAUUGUUGUUGUGAUUAGUAGCAAUCUUGAAGAAGAUCAAGAGCCAUCUCUAAGGUUUGAACUGGACAAGAGAAGUACAAACUAUGGUAGUACUAUUGGAUCGGAAUUGGAUGAUAUCAGUAGUGGUGUUUGUUUGACAUGGGAGGAUCUGGGCGUUAGUGUGGAAGGAAAGAAGAGUAGUAGUAACAGGAAGAAAGUGAUUUUGGAGGGGCUCACUGGGUAUGCUGAGCCUGGGGAGGUGUUGGCCAUUAUGGGCCCUUCUGGUUCUGGCAAGUCUACUCUAUUGGAUACAUUGGCAGGGAGACUAAGUUCAAACGCUAAGCAAACUGGGGAGAUUCUGAUCAAUGGCCGUAAGGAGACACUUGCUUAUGGAACUUCGGCUUAUGUAACUCAAGAUGACACUCUAAUGACAACAUUAACAGUAAGAGAAACUGUGUACUACUCAGCACUGCUCCAACUUCCUGACUCGAUGUCAAGAUCGGAGAAGAAAGAAAGAGCGGAGACGACGAUAAGGGAGAUGGGCUUGCAAAGCUCCAUGGACACAAGAAUUGGAGGUUGGAGUGUAAAGGGUCUUAGUGGUGGUCAGAAGAGGAGAGUUAGUAUUUGCAUUGAAAUCCUUACACGCCCUAAACUUCUCUUCCUUGAUGAGCCUACCAGUGGGCUAGAUAGUGCAGCCUCUUAUCAUGUCAUGAGCCGCAUUGUCAAGCUUGCUCGGCGAGAUGGAAGGACUAUCGCGUCUAUUCAUCAACCAAGUAGUGAAGUUUUCGAGCUCUUCCAUAAUCUCUGCCUUCUCUCCUCUGGUAGAACAGUGUAUUUUGGUCCUGUUUCAAUGGCAGAACAGUUUUUUGCUUCAAACGGCUUCCCAUGCCCAUCUCUGAGAAACCCGUCUGAUCAUUACCUUAGAACUAUCAACAAGGACUUUGAUGCUGACAUUGAACAUGGAUUUGGUGCGAAAACAAGCACAGAGGAAGCCAUUAACAUUCUGGUGAAGUCCUAUAAGUCCUCCGAAACUUCUGAGCAAGUCAAGCGGCGAGUGUCCGAGAUAUGCCAAAGGAAAGGAAGAGCUCUAGAGAAGAAGGGAGGACAAGCAAGCUUCAUCACGCAAUGCGUCGUUCUCACUAAGAGAUCAUUUGUGAAUAUGUACCGUGAUCUCGGAUACUACUGGCUUCGCCUUGCAAUCUACAUUGCCUUGUGUUUAUGCGUAGGAACCAUAUUUUAUGACAUUGGAAAGACUUAUGGCUCUAUACAGGCUAGAGGAUCAAUGUUGAUGUUUGUAGCAGCAUUCUUGACUUUCAUGGCAAUAGGUGGAUUCCCAUCUUUUGUAGAGGACAUGAAGAUAUUUGGGAGAGAGAGGCUAAAUGGGCACUAUGGGGUUGCAGCAUUUGUGGUGGGAAACACAUAUUCUUCAAUCCCUUUCUUGCUUCUCAUAUCCUUAGUCCCUGGCGCAAUUGCCUAUUACCUUGUUGGCCUUCAGAAAGGCUUCGAGCACUUCGCCUACUUCGCGGUAGUUCUCUUCAUGGCCAUGAUGUUGGUGGAGAGCCUAAUGAUGAUUGUGGCAAGCAUGGUGCCAGAUUUCCUCAUGGGGAUCAUCACGGGCGCGGGAAUCCAAGGCGUGAUGAUGUUGAACGGCGGCUUCUUUCGCUUGCCGGACGAUCUCCCCAAGCCCUUUUGGAGGUACCCAAUGUACUACAUUGCAUUCCACAAGUAUGCAAAUCAAGGAUUCUACAAAAAUGAGUUUGAAGGACUAGUUUUUCCAAACGAACAAGCUGGCGGGAGAGCCCUUAUAACUGGUGAGGAAAUUUUGAGGAGUGUUUGGCAAGUGGAGAUGGGCUAUUCCAAGUGGGUUGAUGUUGCUAUUUUGUUUGGCAUGGUAGUUGUUUAUAGGCUCAUGUUUUUGGGAAUCUUGAAGGCGGUGGAAAAGGUCAAGCCAAUUAUCAGAGGUUUUUCAGUUGUUCGUUCCAAGCAUUCCAAACACAUCAAUGAGAACCCUUCAUCUUGA